AUGUACUUAAAAAUUUUAAUUUUGCUUUUAAUUAUAAACAAAAUUAUUACUGAAGAUUCUAAUAGCGGAGAUAGUGGCAAUGAAAAUUCUGAUAAUAAAUUCAGUGUUGUGUUUGCCGACUCUGAUGAUGUUCAAGAGAAUGAUAAUGAGCAACAACCAUCCAAUUUGUUUGACAAUCAAAAUCUUCAAGACCCUCAAUUUAUUAACGAAGAUGAUACAAGUGCACUGUUAAAUAACGAAGAGAAUAACCGCAUUAAUGAAUACACAACAGAAAAAAUUAAAGAAGAUGAGGAAGACCAACUAAAUAAUGAAGGAUCUGGUGUAGACAAUGAAUUUCCUGAAGAUGAUAAUGAUGUAAAUGGGUUGGACAUUAAUACAACUUCAAAAUAUGUUAAUGAUGUAGAUGAUAACAAUGAAAGUGAUGGUCAAGCAUGCGUGUAUGAGGAUGGUGUAAUUAACGAUAAUGGUGAGGAACGUACACCAACAUCGGAGGAACAACAACAAAUUGAGGAAUAUCUUCAAGAAAUGCGUGAAUUUGAAGAGCAAAUGGUCAAAGACAGUGCCAAUUUUAUGAGAAAUUUGGCACAAUUUGUAAUGAGUCAAUUCGAAAACAUUUUUGGGUAA